AUGAAAUUGAAAAUUACGCUGGCCAAAGAGGCGGUACAUAAAGCGGCGGUCACGUGCGUCGGCUGGAGCAGCACCGAGGAAGUUUAUACCGCUGGAGACGAUAAUCAACUGUUGAGUUGGAAUGUAUCUAGUAAUGAGUCGACGAAGAUUGCACAAAUGGGAGAAGAGCUUCUACCAACCGAUUUGCAAUUCCUUCCGAGGAUCGGUGGAAGCUUGGGUAAACUUGGUGAUCUGAUACUUAUCACGUCUGCAGAUGGUAAGUUCCACGUGAUGAACAGGAGCGGAAGGAUAGAGAGGAGCGUGGAAGCUCACAAAGGGGCUAUUCUCGUAGGCCAAUGGAGCAACGACGGAGCCAGUCUCUUAACAGGCGGCGAAGAUGGUUUCAUUAAAGUUUGGUCCCGAGGAGGAAUGCUACGAUCGAGCGUGGUUUCUAGCGAAAAUUCAGUGUACGGGGCGAGCUGGGCCCCGGAUAGCCAAGCAAUUGUCUACACUCAAGGAAGAUUGCUAGUAAUUAAACAGCUCGCACCAAACACGAAACCUGUUAAAUGGAAGGCGCACGAAGGGCUGAUCUUGUGCGUGUCCUGGGGUUCGUCGAGCGAGUGGAUAGUUUCAGGUGGUGAAGACUGCAAAUACAGAGUCUGGGAUGGUCAGGGUAGACCUCUAUAUUCCAGCGGGCUUCACGACCAUCCGAUCUCAUCUAUAGCGUGGUGUCCGGGUGGGGACCUCUUCGCCAUCGGAUCGUACAACACCCUUCGACUUUGCGAUCAUUCGGGGUGGUCAAGAUCGUUAGAGAAACCUGCGACGGGAUCCAUUUAUAAAUUGGCCUGGUCGUCGGACGGCACCCAAUUAGCAGGGGCUUGCGCCAACGGCCAAGUGAUCUUCGCCCACGUCGUCGAAAGGUCCAUCGAAUACGCUAAUUACACUGCGACCGUCUCCGAAAGGAAAACUGUAACGGUUCACGACGUCACCACGGACACUAAGGAAUACUUAGACGUUCCCGAAAGGGUCAUACAGCUUUCAAUGAGAUAUUCCCAUCUUGUCCUUACAACACCCAAGCAAUGUUACAUCUACAACUCGAGUAACUGGAACACACCGACCAUCUUCGACUUGAAGGACGGCAGCGUCAUCCUUCUGCUCCAAUCCGAGAAGAAUCUAUUGCUGGUCGAGCGGAGUUCGGUGGGCCUCUACAACUAUCAAGGAAGAUUAAUCGCAUCGCCACGCUGGCCGAACAUGCGAUUGGAGGCUUUAAAAGUCCAACACAUUUCCUUAUCGCCCGAUACUUUGGCUGUUAGGGAUGUCUCUGAUCCAAAAACUCUUCACAUAAUUGAUCUGGCCUCGAAUCGCAAUAUGUCGGAAAACGUUUCCACCAUCCAACAUGCAGGAUUUAUAAUUCAAUUAGCUUUGGAUCAAUCUGGGACGGCAUCGGAGCGGCGUGUCGCUGUGAUGGAUAAGAAUCGAGAUUUAUUUAUGGUCGAAGUACGGGAUGGUCAUAAAACUUUCCAGAAAUUGGGUGGUCAAAUUCAGUCAUUCAAAUGGAAUAGCGAUGAGAACAUGGUGGCUGCAGUACAGGACACCCGAUUAAUAAUUUGGUACUGUCCUAGCGCCUGUUUCGAUCGGGACAUUUUGAAACUUUGCUCGCUGCAAUACGAUUCUCACGAGCUGGGUAGAUCGCCGAGGAUUCAUGAUUUCGUUGGGAAUUCUGUAUCGAUCCGAAGGGCCGAUGGGUCGCUUCUAAACGUUCCCAUUUCACCGUUCCCAUCUUUGCUGCACAGCUAUAUACAAAGCAACAAAUGGACUGACGCUCUGAAUCUAUGCAGGAACAUCAACGAAACAUCUUUAUGGGCUUGCCUAGCAGUGUUGGCAACUCAAUCAGAUACCGAAGCCCUUGAGAUUGCCGAAGAAGCCUACGCAGCGAUCAACCAAUACGACAAAGUCCUUUACAUACAACACAUAAAGGAACUAUCGCGACCUCUUCAGUUGGCCGGCGCUGCCCUUUUGGGAGGUCAAAUCCAUCAUGCGGAAUCCGUCCUCCUUCACAACGGAAUGGUAUACUACGCGAUCCUCAAUCACAUCAAAUUGCAUAAUUGGAGCAGGGCCCUCGAAUUAGCGGUCAGGCACAAAACUCACAUCGACACGGUCCUCUAUUUGAGACAGAAGUACCUGAGCAAAUUGGAAAAGCAGGAAAUCAAUAAGGACUUUAUAAACUUGAAUAAAACGAUUAAUAUUGAUGAGAGCAAAAUAUUGGAACGAAUGGAACUGGAGAAACGCAAACAUUAAUCUGUUAUCUCGCAUCAAAUAUGUGCGGGAUUCCGAUAUUACAAUAUUAUCGAAAUGGAAUAUUUCAUUUGAACUUUGCGGUUUUGUAAAUAUGUGCGCUGCGGAUUAUAAGGAAACUCGAUUUCAAUUUAUGCAAACAGUGGGAAAACAUCGCAGAAGCGCGAAAUUGGUGAAACUUUGAAAACCGGGAUUCCGGAAUUGCA